GUUACUUACAAGCAGAUUUUGGUGCAGGUGCAACAGAGAAACAAAUACUACUCAUUUAGUGUGUGUGUGUGAACUACUGAAGAGUACUCCUCGGAAACCAAAGUAUAAAGUUAUACUACAAGGCCACAAGUAACUUUUCUUUUAUCCAAAGAAUUAACCCUUCUUGAAGUGUUCUUUACCGGGUAAUGAGUUGAGUGGUAAGGGCAUUGGUGCAAGUGUUGGUGUUGCACAAUAUGGGAAAGACUUGAUAAAGCUUAAACAAAUUCUAAGCACGUUAUACGAGAGCUCCAAGUUCAAGCCUUCACUUGUCGCACCUGGGGGAUUUUAUGAAAAAUAUUGGUAUGAAAGGCUUCUUCAGGUUUCGGGUUCAGGCAUAAUCAAUGUUCUGACUCAUCAUUUAUAUAAUUUGGGCCCAGGUUUGAUUGUCACUUACUUAAUUCUUUCUACUAUAUAGGCUUUGUUACCAAAUAUUUGAUAAUCUAAAAUAUCUAGACAAUCCUUCCUUUGUUUCUAUUCUCAUUUCUUGUGAGUAGUGGUACACUGGCAUGAAAUCAGUUGAGGCAAUAAGUCAUGUGGAGAUACGUCUUAGCCUCCCAUCUCCUUGAUUGUCUUCAAAGCUACCGAAAGAUGUUUACAUUAAUAUGAAUGCCAACAUGAAAUUGUGCCAUGUUGAACUACCCCAUCAUAUACUUUAAUACUGAUCAUUUCUGUUUAAUUUGUUUUUCUCAUAAGUGCUUACUUUUUCCUUGCAUUGAAAGAUAUGCACUGGCAACUGAUAUAUAAUAUAUUCAUUUCAAUAUUUAACCUUAUCAGCUUAUCUUGUACCAAGGGUGAUAUACUUUGUUCACUUGCUUGAAAAAUACUAUUGUCUGUCAUUCCUGAUCGGUGUUUCUAAGUUGAUUUCUCUUUCAGAUAGUGAUGAGCAUCUUGAAAGGAAGAUUCUAGAUCCUGAGCACUUGAGCGGGGUGGAAUCAAUUUGCAUCAAAUGAUGUAACAGAGAUGACAGGGCAUCAGCUCAAGUGAUGCCCAAGUACCCGGUAGAAGUCGAUCGAAAGGGUAAGAUUCCACACCUUCUAGAGCUUGGUAUCAAUGCAGUAGAGUUGCUGCCUGUCUUUGAGUUUGAUGAGUUGGAUUUCCAGAGGCGUCCAAAUCCCAGAGAUCACAUGGUAAGGUGGGAUGACAUAGAAGCUGCUAGGCGCAAUAGGGUUUCCCCAUUGGAAAUUGAGCCAUCUGGUUCUGCUUCAAAUUCCAUUAACUUGAUGUCAGCUGGUUUGAAGUGGACCAGGAUUGGAAUGACUUCAGUGAAGCUGGAAUUUCCCACUCCCGCUUUAUCUGCACCUUUGACUCUUUUGGUGGUCCAAAUUCUGUUCAGAAAACUGAACAAAAGGCAUAAUAGAAAGAACUACCACCCUGUUGCUGACACCAUCUUCAAUCAGAUGUUGAACUUCAACAGGCUGCACCAUUAUAUGACUGAUCUUGCUGCCAAGCACAGGGCUUACAGGCUGCUCAACCCUUUCAGAUAUGAGGUUUACACCACUGAGCCAACUAAUGUUGAGUAUAUACUCAAAACCAAUUUUGAGAAUUAUGGAAAGGCUCUUCUGGUUUUGGGUGCUAGUGAUUGCUCAUAAUUUGGAGUGCUGACCACGGACAGGAUUCACGUGAACUUGUACCCAAGCUGAGUUUAAAACUGUUUCUCGAUGUUCUUGAUUUUUCACAUUAGUCUUACAUGUAGUUUGUGACUUUUCUAUUAGUGGCUCAAAUAUGUGUAUUUUUACAUUUAGUAAACCACAAUCAUGCACUUUAA